GAACAAAAGUGCACAAUUUUUGCGUAGAAAGGAAAUUCAUCGUUCACCGUUGUCUAGAAAAGCAACUUAAUUAUUUGCAGUUAAGCGUAUUCUGAGCACAACUGCAGCGCAACUGCAUUCCAUCACUGAUUCUUAGUCCUUGAAUUGGAAAAAAUGAAUGAAAAUUUAUCAAAAAUAUGUCGAAUAUGCCUCACUGAGGGCUCAAGAAAUAUAUUUCAAAAAAUUGUGAGCCAUGAUGCUCUGUACAAUGUUUCUUCUCUGAAUCGGAUGUCGGAAAAAUUGCGCUAUGUAACGUUAUUAAAGAUUGAUGAAAUGGAAAACUUGCCACCAAUGAUAUGCGAUUUGUGCAUUGUACAGUUGAAUGUGGCAUAUAAUUUUAAACGACAGGCAACUGAAUCAGAUACAAAAUUGCGUCAAUAUAUGAUCGAGAAUGGUAUCGGUAUAAUGAAGGACCCGUUUUCUCUCCCUCCACCGCCUGCACGGGCCAUAGCGGAUAAUCGGGGAACCCAACGUAGCAGUUCAAUUUCAUCUUCGUCAGUAAUGGAAAUCGCUUCGACAAAGGAGAGCAGUAAACCAGUGCGAGUACUGCCUUUUCGAAUCAAAGUUGAAAGUCCAGAAACGGUAGAACCAUCAUCAGAAGCUGAUGUCCUGUCCAAUUCUCCAAUUUCGCCUGCCAGUACAGUCACUGCAACAGUCCCAGAAGCGGGCAACAUUACGAAAAACGCAGCUGACAGUGCUAAGAAAAAGAAUCAGUCUCUCUUGAUUUCUAUUGACUCUUCGCCUGCUUCCAGCAAAGGAAGUUUAGAUUCUAGUGGACGUGACAGUGCAAUGGUCGUCAUUAAUAGCCAAAACGUAAGCUUGCAAGGAGAUGAAGACUACGUACAAACCAUUUUGGGAUCGUCCGGAGAAACAAGCAUUGGUGCUGAAGAAAGGAAAGACUUAAAUAGCGUACAAUUAGAAAGCCGUGUGAAAAAAGAAGAUAAUGCCAACAAAGCGAAAAAGCAACCUGACAAGAUACCCUAUAGCAAUAGCAAACGAAUGCAAACUUUACUUUCAUCCCUUACUAUCGAUAUGGUAAACAUUUCUACUAGCACUAAAUCCAAGCUCAGAGCUCACCCUCGAAAAUCUAUAAAAGUAGUAGAACAGAAACAGUUGGACGACAUUUCAACGAAAAAAACAUCGAAUUCCUCCUCAUCUAAUGUAAGCUUGAUACGGCGACAUUCGCUUGAUAGCGUACUGCGGAAUCACGGUUCCAAAGAAAGAAGGAAAAGUCACCGUCCAGUAAGGUCUGAUGAAACACCGCGAAGAAAUCGUUCCAUUCGCACAUCAGCACUGUCGGCGUUGAUAAGUCCGAGUAAACUACGGUCGUUGCGCGAGAAAAUCCGCGAGGAACGCGACAGGCAAAGCCAAGUAACUUGCAGUAAAGAAGUGCAAAAUAACUCGAAGCGACGGCGAACCGUUCCGGAUACGAUGUUGAGAAAUAGAUCUAAAAUUGAUGUGAAAGUAGAUUCUCGUAUUAGAAAGUAGGAAACCAUGCUAUCAGAACCAUAUCUUUAAGUAAAUGUAGGGUAAUCCGCAUUAGAUUCGGCUAUAAAUAAGAUACUUUAAGUCCAAUA